UUACAGUGAUACUGACUGAGUCGCAACAUUGCCCCCUGAGCUGCGGACAUGUAAGACACCGAAGACAGCAGAAUGGUCAGCUCGGACUUGUCUUUUGUUCUGCUUGUGUUGGUGUCCUGUGUCACAGGAGCGCCGUUUGAAGAUGGACACAAGCAUUAUUUCACCUACUUUUCCAAAUCUCAGGUUCUCGGUUUACACAACUUGUCAACGGUCAUUAAGUUCCAUGUGACCCCCGUGAAUCAUUCCAACGAUGGCAGCAUGAACCUUCUGAUGGUGGACAGCUUUGUACAACAUUCUGACCAAGGAUAUGUGGACAACAACCCUAAACACUGGGACUUGACACGGAACUUCCUGUUCCACGUGGGCGGGGAUGGAGCAGUGACGCAGAUCUUCCACCACCCGGAAGAGGUGAACGAGGUGGUGACCCUGAAGAAACUACUGGCCGGAACACUGUCUAUGUAUAACAAGGGCUCUUCGAAGUCUAAAUGGAAGUACAGAGACUUUGAGACAGACCAGCAUGGGAGAUUACUCCACUCGUAUUCCGGUAAAAGACUGCCGAACGGAAGUGUGGUGAGCAGACGACAUAACAGUACAGCGGAAACACACCGCCUGCACGAAAAGACUGUUGAAUAUGACCGCAGUGGCUUCAUCAAACAAAUCAAGAGUAAGGACACCAUCAGACUCAGAAACCAGCCUGCUCCGUCUCACACCUCCCAGGAUACAGAGAAUGUUGUGAUUGUUUCACCGAAUACCGGAGAGUUCCCCACACUGACGUCUACUGCCAGAAGCGUUGUGAAGCUCACAGCUCGUAGGCGAUUGGCCUCCGCACAGGCAAUAGUGAUGAAAGACUUCAAGGUUGACACCCCCCAAGUGAAGAAACCAGUACCAAGAGAGCAAACCCUAAGCGAAGUGAAAGCCGAAUUCAAUGAUCUGCUGGAGUGUAUAUCAUCCUACAACAACAAAUUCGCAACUAACAGAACUGUGUGCGUCCAAGACUUCAUGCGUCUCUUCAACAACCUGACUCAGACGGACAGAGUCGCCCUUGGCCACCAGUACCUUGCCAAGUGUACCACCAACGACACUGUGUGUAGAGAUGAGAGGUACCUGUUCUUGGACACCCUGUGUCGGAGAGGUGACGAGGACUCGCAGAAUCUGGUGUUGCAGUAUGUCCUCAACGACAAGAACGCCACCGAGGACGACCUCAGACGCCCUCUGUUCCACUACGUCGCUCUCAAGGAACCAAUCCCGGAAACUGUUAAAUCAGUUGAACAACUCUGUUUCCAUGGUAACUACGAUCAUAUCCCAACAGUUAAAAUGACCUUGACACAGAAGCGAGCCUGUCUGACACUGGGAGCUCUCGCGAGAUCUCUCUUCGACAAAGGAGACAAGACAGCGGCUGAAGAUAUCCUUGAGAAGCUUGAGAAUAAGCUUGGGUUUUACAAUCACACCCUCUCCUCUCCAAUCUUGGGCCGCCAGAAGCGUUCUAUCCACGACUUCGACUACGAGCAGCACAAUCACAUCGUGUCCAAGAUGGUUCUUCUACACAGUCUUGGAAAUGCCGGAAUACCAAGAUCAUUACGUCAUAUCCGGUCCUAUCUUCAACCCAACGUGGGGUCCUCAACAUGGCGGAGGGCAGCAGCCAAUAGUCUCCGUCAGUACACGUGUAACGAGAGUGCACUGGCGCUGUUUGACAUCCUCGCCCACGAAGAGAAUGAGAAGGUCCACAAGGAGGCGAGAGAAGUGUACCUGAAACAUCCUCAGCGACAUCGCCUGACCAGGGGCAAGGAGAACAUCUUACUGAGUCGCGACUACACCUUCCACUCCGUGUCCCGUGUACGCCGUGACGUCUUCCACGUUGACACAAGUGAUGGUAUCCGUCUCACCAUUCAGAUGCCAGGAAUCGACUGGCACAAGACCUUUGGGAGCAGCAGCAUAGGCGCCAGUCUUGGUCUGAAGAUAAUCAACAAGCUCGACAUGAAACUGCAUCCCCUACACAGUUUCUUUAGUAUCAACGUUGAUGAUGAAGCUUGGGUGACGGCAAACAUCGGCAUCAUUGGCAAAUACGUGGACAUCGUCAGGGCAAAGUUUUGCUAUGCUGGCCACAUACAAUACGACCUCAACGUCUUAAAGGAUUUCAACAUAAAUCACUUCAAGGACCUCCUUCAGAAGCUUGACGAUACAUUCGACUCCAUUGUGGGUGGCAUCAAGAAUGCAAUUGCGAUGUUUAAGAAGAUCACCCAACCAGACUACAUCAAAGGGCUGCUGACAGAGAUGAUCAACUUUGUGAAGAGUCUCCCAAGCCUAGUUGUCCAGUUUGUUGAAGACUUCGUGGACCUUGUGAAGAAGGUGGUAAAAUACCAUACAGAUCCAAUCAUGGAAAAGGUGAAACAGAUCGCACAGAGGGUCAAGGCUUUUGCUGAAGAGAUCAAACAAGACGCCCUGGAGUUCUACCACAGCAUAGCUGACCCCGUUGUAAUAACGCUUCCGAAAGUUGGCAAGAUGCUGAAAGAGGCUGGAGAUGAUAUCAUCGCAAUCUUCACCGACUUUUUCAAGAGUCCAGCACAAUCCUUCUCCAGAAUUGGUCAAGCUGUCAUGAAGGUUCGCCUUGCAGUCUCAAUGGUAAUAGAUGCCAAGAAUAAGAUAGUGGACGCUUGUUCAUUCUCCAAAGGAACAAGCCCGUUCUGGAUGCAUAUCGGGGAAGGAGUGACCCAAAUAACAUAUGACAUCAAGGACUUGGUUGCCAUGGUUAUGGCCAAGGUCAACAGCAUCAUUCAUCCCCGUUUAUCAAGCUCGGAUGGUACCAACGAUGGCAUCAUGGGACCCUACAAGAUGAAGAGCUGGUUUCACAAUGAGUCACAGGUAAUGCUGUCAAACGUCACUGCAAGGAUGUCAGGACUGAAGACCAUGGCAGAUCCUUUCUUCAAGGCGUACAAAGACGUUACAGGCGUCGUCACUGAUGUGAAGACGGCAUUUGAAACCGUGAAAACAGUGGUCAAUGUGGGAAAGUCACUGAUUCAGAAGAUAUUUGGGAACAAGUUCCACCGCAAGUUUCCAGCAGAAAGAACAGCCGGACCCUGUACAGAAGCUGUGUUUCCUUCCAAAGGCGGGGACAAAUAUGACACCAUCGGCGUUGAUGUUACCGCCAAAUCUCGACUGAAAAUUGUUAAUCCUGUAGCUGGUAUCGUCCGAUCAACAGGUGAUGACGAAAUCACAAUUACACCUACAGAUGACAACUUCAUGGAAUACGAGAUCGUCAUCAACAACGUCAUUCCCAACACUGAGGUCACUGAUGAAGGCUCUGUCAUGGAGGCCGGAGACGACAUCGGCACAGCAGGAGACAGCAACUGCAAUCCCAACUUCAUACACGUUGCCCUUCGUGUCACAGAAACAGGAGAAUACGCUGACCCAUCUAAGUAUCUUGACAGAGUUUUGCCGAUCCCACACUGGGAGCAAGACUGCAAUGAACACACGUUCUACUAUAUUGGCAAGGCAUACGAUGCCGACGGCACCACGGAUGGAUCCCCCAAAGAGAUUGUAGAUAAAUACAUGGAUUCUCAUUUCACAAAUAUGACGACUUUAGCUCAUGUUGAGCCUGACCCCGCUCCUCCGUUUAAACCUGACGGAACAGAUCAGCCAAAGGUCAAGGCUCUUGCAGGGUCCUUCCACAAUCUCUUGUCGCCGCUGAAGAACUUUGGCCAAAUGCUAAAAUCUAUCGCGGUUCCAAGUAUUGACUCUGUCUUCAACCUCAACACAAUGACGGUAUCCAAGCUCAAGGAUAUACUGAUAGCGAAAGUGGACAUCGUGAAGAGAAUAGACGACUUUGUUUCCAAGGUUUACCACUGUCUUAACUCCAAGCCUGUUGAAGAGCCAGUUUCUCUCUCGACCUUUAAACUACGUAGUCUUCUUGCACUUGGCAAAAUACCUGUCAUUGGAGACAAGAUUGGAAUGGUCAAAUCAUUAGUAGCACAUGGACUUGAUGCUUGUCCAAACUUGAAGUCAGGACUAGCGUUUGGCUUCGGCCACCUGUGCACCCCUGAUCACGACUGUCAUGGCAUGGCCUGUGGCCUCAUGUUUCCAUACUCUCACUAUCACAAGACUGUCACAGUGCAUAUCAGAUCAUGUGGCUCCAAGUUAAAGAUUCGGUUUCCGGGUAUGACAAGUGAACAUGACGCUAAAGAUGGCCCUCAAAUCAUCGAUGUGCCUCUCACAGACGGCUUUGUGAAAAAUUUCCACGUCACCUUCAGACUGGACACUUCCGAGAGUGGAGCUGAUAUGGUAGCGAGUCUCACAGGCAAUCUGUGCUCAACAAACUUUGGCUCUUGUCUGCCUAUGGUGAAUAUUUUGAACAGAACGAAGUUCCACAAUCCAAAUUGUACAACAGCUAGUGCCAAUGCCAGUUUUGCGUCUCAAAUCGAGUCUAUGAGUAUCCGGCAAUGGAUGUCAAAGAUAUCCCAGUGUCACCUGGACCUGCGAGAGGCUGGAGAGUUGCUCAACGACAUCAGACAGGCCGUCCUCAACGUGCUGUUUAACACUAUCAAGAAUCCCCUAAGAGCAUUGCAACAAGAGUUCAAAGAAAAGAAAGACAGUUGCAGUAACAAGCAAAUCCCAGUAAAACCCUUUGAGCUGACAUUUUUCAAAUUCGAGAAUGUUUUCAUGGUUGGACCAAUUCCAAUGACACUAGGAUUUGGCGCUGGUGGUACUGUUGGCGUUGGAAUUGAACUUGGAGUGUGCUUCAUGAGCAUGAAGUUGAAGGGAACGGUGACACCCAGUGCUUCUAUCAAAGUUUGGGGCAGUCUUGGGGUGGACAUAGGAUUCGCUUAUGGAGGAAUCACACUGACCGGCUACAUCAUGACGACAAAGUUUCCAAUUGUUGGCACAUUAGGGUUUGCGAAAUUCCCACUGGACGUGACUGCUCGUAUGGAUAUGGAGAUGGUGCCUUUAGCCCUAAAACUUGAGGCAUACGCCAAGCUGAGGCUGAUAUUUGUAACUGUCACCGUGUACAGAGGCAAUAUUUGGACCUAUUCGACACCCACAAUCAGGAAGAAUAUUUUCACCAAGCCGAGCAAAGGGAGUGACGCCUCACCUCCAACAUUCUCUAAGAAUUCCCUUGGCAAGAGAAGCAAGAGAUCUUCUGAUGCGGGGGGCUGUGAGGUGAAGCAGAUCAAAGGACGCUCCCCAUCUGAUACUGCAUUCAUUCUGAAAGUCACAUCCGAUGAUGAUGUCAGUGAAGUGAAGAUGCAUUAUGGCAUAGGAAGAUAUUCAGGUGGUACUGAUGCUGUGGACUGGACGGAAAUGGCUGGAAACACACUUACAGUGCCAAUGAAGCUUCCAUUUGGUGUUCCUCUGUAUUGGACAUUGAAGGCCAGUAACAGUGAAGGCGGGGAGGCUAAAACACAAUGCAUGCUGCACACAUACGAUAACACUCCUCCAGAUGGUAGAGUUGAUGAAGAUUUCAGGAUAUCGAGUAAUCCAUUCGAACUUGGAGGCACGGUUGUAGUGCUGGAUGACAGCAUAGUCGAUCCCCAACAAGAGAUAGCUCUCGGAUUCAGUUCUGGAUCACAGGGAAGCGAGAUCAUUCCUUGGGAACCAAUAUCUCUUGAACGGACCACUGUGAGGUCUGGGGAACCAACAGAACUGAAAUAUUUCUCCCUGCCAAAGACCGGAAGUCUGACUGCUGAACCAAUUAAAACUGCUAAAACUAAGUUUGAUUAUGAAUGUGCUAAACAGUGCAUUGAUUUCGGCCAGAAGUGUGUUUCAUUUGAUUUCGAAUACAAUUCUCAGAUAUGUGACCUCCAUUCUGUCGGGGAAGGCCCAAAUGCUGCUCUCCGACACAAUGGAAACUACAAGUCCUUUGAAAGACUUGGCGUUGGUCAAAAACAUUACAAAAUCUUCCAAAAUCUUAACUUAACCCACAAGGAGACAUAUUUCAUGAACACCCAUGUUACCAAUGAACUUGGGUAUGAGAGCCAUCUGACCUCGCACGGAACAUUAAUAGAUCUGACGCCUCCUAGUCCUGGACCUGUCGGGAAUUCCACGAAGGAUGAAACCACAUUCGAUGGCUGCUCGGUGUCCAUUCUCCAACGCUGCAAGGAGCUGUCAAAACUUCCUAAUCACAGGAAAAUGACUGAUGGAACUGAUGGUGGUACUGUCUUCAACGGACACAAACACCUGUAUGAUGAAAAAUAUACUCUUUCCAACAACCUUAUUGCAGGAAACUGGGAUGGCUUUCAUGACAACGAGACUGGCAUCUAUGGUUACACUUGGGCUGCCGGUACAUCUCUAUGUUCAAACGACACGGUUGGCUACAAUGACCCUCAUGCUAAAAUACCCAGCAGAGAUGAGUGGACCUACAGCGGGUUGACCUCUGGCCUUCACCUCUCGGAUGGGCCUCAUUACGUCACAGUUCAAGCUGUCAACAACAUCAUACAUGGAGGUGCUCUUGUCACAACAGUGUGCCACUCAACACCCCUCAUUGUAGACACAACGCCGCCUAUUUUCAAUGGCAUAGAUGACGUCUUCUUUGAUGGUGAUUUUGAGCUCCUGGGACUGUACUACAACGGAUCUGAUCCUCUCUCUAAAAUUGCCCAUGUCCACUUUGGGCUUGGGUUAACCCAAAAUGAUGUGAAACUGCGAUCCUAUGAAGAAUAUAAACCCUUUGGUGACCCCAAACCAUAUGUACUGGUUGAAGAUUUUGUCCUGAAGCAAGGAGUUGCUGCCUGGCCCAGAAUUCGGCUUACCAACAAUGUGGGGCUUUCUACAAGUGGUCACGCCAAUGAGCCAAUCAUUGUGGACGACUCUCCCCCAGUAGUUGGCGUCAUCAACGACGGAAGUACGGUUGGCGUAGAUGCAGACUACCAGGCAGAUGCACAUGUCAUCUGCGCUCAAUGGGAAAAUUUCUAUGACUCGGAAUCUGGAAUUAAGAGGUACUUGUGGGGUGUUGGUACAAAGCCUGGUGUCGAUGACAUUGUCAAGUUCAAAGUGGAGGACCGCUCGGUGCACAAUGACUGUAGCAGUGUCUCACUGACUCACAACACCACGUAUUACUCAACCAUCAUAGCGUUCAAUGGGGCGCUGAACAUGAAGAGAGUUAAUUUUACUUCAACUGGAGUCCUAGUGGACAUCACGGACCCAGUAAAGGGAUGGAUCAAAGAUGGGGAUGAUGCAAGCCAUGACAUCACUUAUUCAUCAGAGCAGGCCCUGAUUCAGGCAGUUUGGGGAGGUUUCUCUGAUCCUGAGAGUGGGAUUGUCAAGUAUGAAGUGGACAUAUACAUCAACAAUCAGCACAGGAAAACUAACACAAUCGUACCAAGCGGGGAUAGCCUGUUGAACUACAUGAACGAAAAAACAUUGGAACUGAAGCAAGGUGAUGUCGUGCACACAAAGGUCAGGGGAUUCAAUGGAGCCGGGAAGAGUGUAGAAGCCACAACCAAUGGCUAUACAUUGGACAUGACACCCCCAGUAGCUUACUUUGUUUACGACAAUGACGGCCAACAAGAGUACCAGUUGGAUAAGACAGCACUUCAUCUAUCAUGGAAGUUUGAGGACGCUCAAUCCGGUAUUGAAAAGUAUAUGGUUUCCGUUUUUGAGGACUAUGCUGGCAUGAAGAGACGAAUCUGGCCCUCAACAGACAAAGCAAAGGACAUACCUGCAACAGGUGGACAAAUGUCCUAUCCACUGACAAGUGUUACCCUUGUGGAUGGGGCGCGCUAUUUUGCCCAUGUCAUAGCUGUCAAUAAGGCCAAGAUGUCUAGAACUGUUGAUUCUCCGGGCGUGGUGAUAGAUUCCACAGCUCCUGAAGUAGAGAAGAUCCACCUUGGACCAAUGAAAGAGGAUGAGGAAAUUGAAGAUGGAAAACUCGUCCACACAGACAAAUCCAAAAUGACAAUCUCCUGGAAAGUAAGUGAUGAAGAGAGCGGCAUCAGUGAGAUAUAUGUUGCCAUUGGGACCUCGGAACAUGAUCAAUCCAUUACCAAUGGAUUUCUCACUUUCUCACAGACAAACGAGGUGACACUGAAACAUCUGAACCUUAUUGAUUCUACGACGAGUGGAAACUAUUACUUCAUCCAGAUUAAGGUAAAGAACGGCGCAGGUGCAGAGUCCCGUCUGCGUAUCUCCAGGCCAAUCAUUGUACUACCCGGAAACAUACCAGGUGUGAUAUAUGACGGGAGGAAACGUUUCGUUGAUGCAGACUUCCUCCAUGACAGAUCAACCUUUGCAAUGUCUUUUGCUGGUUUCCAAAGUAUUGCCUGUGGUAUUGUGGCCUAUGAGUGGGGUAUUGGGACUGAGCCUUAUGUGACAGACAUCGUGCCAUUCACGAGCUUUGGGGUUGUGAAGACUAAUGAAUCAUCAGGCUUUGGACAAAUCGACAUCCAGCUGUUUGAAGGUGUAAAGUAUUUCACGACAGUCAGAGCAAGGACCGGACAUAAAUGUCACGAGGAGCACAUUGUAUCAACAUCUGAUGGUAUUCUUGUCGACACACAGGGACCUCUAAUCAAGGCAUCCAAUACCAAAGGCCACACGAUUCCAGAUGUAAAGGCCUGGGGAGUUGUGUUCCAGAAUGAAACCGACAUAGUUGAAGUAACGCCUGAUAUCACUGACCCCUCUGGAGUCAAUGCCAGCCAUGUAUGCUUGGGUUCCUACCCAUAUGAGGACGGCAUCCACAAAUGUAGUCCUCAGAAUGAAAAGAGCGUCAAGGGACUAUCUCUGAAGCCAGGAUCAUCAGUCUUUAUAACUAUCAAGGCAACGGACAAUGCUGAGAACAGUGCCACAUGGGAAUCUAUUGCCUUGAUUCCUGAUUCAACUCCACCCGAACUGGUCAACUUUACAUGUACAAAGGAAAUAUCCAGCAUGAGAUCUGGAAUAGAAUGUGUUUGGGAUGAGGCAAGGGAGCAUGAGAGUCACAUGGAGUCCAUCAGUAUCUGUCUUGGUGAGGCUGACAGGCCAUGCUCACUGUCUUCUUUUGAAAACAUACCACUCCAAAAGAGAUCAUGGAAAACGGACACCUUUAGAUUCAUUGACAAGGUAAACGAGGAUAAAAUAUUUGUCACGGUUCACCUAACAAAUGCAAUGAAGAAGGAAGCACGUUUGACAAGGGAAGUGAUCGUCGAUUCAACAAAACCUACAGCUGGCAAAGUUUUGAUUGUUACCAAUGAUCGAUUGAAAGAUAAAACUACGCAUCAGCAAUGCCAAGUACCAAAUUCCUUUGUUGAGGUCAUCAUAACAGGAUUUGAAGACCCUGACACAGGCAUAAGCAGAUGUGAGGUUGGACUGGGUCGGGAACCAGGAUCAACUGAUGUUCACAGAAUGAAGACUGGCCAACCAGAGACUGUCAUUUUCUUUGGAAAACUGUCUCUACAACCAGAAGAUAAAGUCUAUGCGAUUGCAAAAUGUCUAAACAGGGCUGGUCUCUCGGCAUCUGCAACAUCUGAAGCAGUUGUAGUUAGCCCAUACCCACACCUUACAGUGACGGAUGGUUCUGGAGAGAAGGACGAAGAUUUCCAGACAGGUCUCUCCUCUCUGGAAGGUCACUGGCAUUACACAAGCGGCUGCCCGGUGAUGAAGGCGGAGUGGCAGAUUAUGACAGUUAGUUGGACUGUAUUCCAAGAUUUCACACCAUUACCAGAAUCCCUUGGAACAUUCUUCAGUGAUGAACUUCGUCUAACAGCAGGAUUUACCUACAUCAACGUGAUACGUGUAACAGAUGCGAUAGGAAGAAUUCACGUCGCGUACACUGAUGGUGUAACUGUUCUGAUAGAACCACCACACCCAGGGGCUGUCAGGGAUGGACCAGAGAAAGAUAUGGACUACCAGACCUCUACAGCUGAACUAUCAGCUAACUGGGAUGCGUUCGGUAAACCGAAUAGUACAGAUGCCACUCAGCAGAUCGAUCGCUAUGAAGUUGCAAUAGGUGAUGAUGUCAAGAACCCAGCUUCACGCUACAACGUCCAUUUCUUUGAAACUGCUCACCUGAACACCUCGUUCACAUUCAGGAACCUGAAACUGAAAGCAAAGUUGAUAACAUAUUAUGUCACAGUACGUGCUUACAGCAAGGCUGGGAGUUUUGAAGAAGCAUAUUCUGAUGGCAUUAAAGUUGGAUAUGAUUUGGACAUAUCUCCCGGGAGCAUUGACUUACGCAAGUACAGUCAUAGUCGUGAAAAUCUGAAGGUGUCAUGGAGUGGUUUCUACUCCGACAUUGGACUCACAGAAUACACUGUUGGAAUCAGCAAGGACAGUAUUACUCUCCCGGGUAAUACUACCAACUGUAAAUCACUUAUGUCAACCAUUUCCAACUACAAUGCAUCCUUUAGAUCUGCGGGACGAGACACUGUAGUGCAUAUGCAGAAUCUUACACUCCAACAGGGUCACUCCUAUUAUGUGACAGUGAUUGCCCAUGACAAGGUCGACUCUUGUAUUGGGGUUUCUCAAGGUCCUAUUACCAUUGACACAACUCCGCCUACACAAGGUCACAUUUCCGCAGUAGGAGGUCAGAGUACAAAGGUUGUGUACAUCAGCAGCAGAGAGGAGGUGACCCUACACUGGAAUGGCUUUGAGGACAUUGAGAGUGGUAUUCAAACAUACCACAUAGAGCUGUUUUCACAAAUGCCAUGCAUGCACGAAUCGACGAAACUUAUCAAAGUGAUGGAUGUUCACAAUACGACAGACAUUACUCUUUACAGCUUGAAUCUAACUCUCAGUCUGAUGUAUACGUUUACAAUAACUGCUAUCAACGGAGCUGGUCUGAAUACGACAGCUGCAACACUGCCCAUCCUCAUUGAUGUAUCAAGGCCACAAGCAGGAACUGUGAAAGUUGGUAGAGACUGGCACACAUCAAGGACCUUCCAGAGUGAAGACGACAGAGUCAAUGUGCGGACAGCAAUUGCAAGAAACAAGAAAGGGUCAGAAUGCAAACGAAGUAAGCAAAUCUUCCCCAAAGUUUCAAAUGAGGAACAGUGGCAAUCCCUUGUCAGAUCGGACAUAUCAAAUUCCUCUGCUCUGGUUGAUAAGUAUGCACGGGUGGCCCUCACAUAUGAUGAAAAUCUGAGAGACAUCGUACGCGGAGGGUUAUUUCUUCAGCUUGAGGACACACUGGCAGAAGGAAAUUACACGUUCAAGUUAUUAAGUGCUAAAGGGCAGAAUGUCAUCACUUCCCUACAUUUUGAAUUCUCUGAUAUAUCGACCUACCAAUCUCCAGUUCUGAAGGAAAUACCAAGACUUGAUGACAACGACGUGCCUGAAGAAACCAAUGCAACUUCCAAUGAAACUGAUGAAGUAAUUCCGUGCUUAUCUUCACCAGGAGUUGCAGUCUUCUUCUAUGGUUAUGAUGAUGAUACCCAUGCUUGGAAAGGACGUAUCUGUUUAAGAGAUGAUAGCAAGGAAACAGAAUCCUGGUUUGACUUACCUGGUGAUCCAUCAGACUAUGUUUAUGAAAUCAGCCUGCGAUUCAUGAAAGACGUUGAGAAUGUGAAGAAAACGUGGAGAACAACACUUUUCAUUGAAGGUCAUCGCAAAGCAGAUAUUGAGGGUUACACAUUUUCUGGAAAACCAAGUAUCAUCUACCGAGUACAAAAUCUCAAUGAUUACAAGCCUCCUGUUGGAGAUCCUCUUCAUCCGUUCUUUACGCAAGCUGUACUGAGCUAUUUGGCUGUACCUGACACAGUUGACAAAGAAUGUUUACAUGGAACACCGUUCUAUGAUGGAGAAAGUGGUCUGAAAGAGGUAUGGGUUGGAAUUGGAACAAAUAAAUCCCUUGUGGACAAUGUGCUUCCUUUCACUUUGGAAUCAACAUAUUGUCUGCCAUGCAUGAAUAGCUGUAUGGAAAUUUGUGAUCCAAACUGCUCCGUGCCACCAACUGAAACAUUGUCUGUGCUGUCAUUGGAACUGCGGAACCUAACUCUGGCCCACAGCGAAAAGUUAUCAGGGAAUAAAGCUACAAACUCUUCAAAACUGAUGGAUUUUAAAGCUCCAACAUACUACGUCAGCGUAAAGGCCGUAAACUUUGCAAAUCAAUCGACAGUUGUAAUGUCAAACGCUUUCCAAGUUGACAUCACUCCGCCACAAUUCGAUUAUAUGAUGUGUGUUGAUCCUCAACAUUCUCUGGACGAACCGACUACCUUCAUAGGCUCGAAUAACAGCGUUGGGGCAUUCUGGGAAUGCAAUGAAGAUGUCAGUGAGAUAGCUGAAUACACAGUGCAGAUCGGCAGUACAGAAAGAGGGAACGAUGUUCUGAUUGCGACAUCGGCUGGAUUAAAGAGAAAGGUUGGUUUGACACUGGAGCAUGCGACCCUGGAUGAUGGCAAAACCUACUAUGUGACCGUGACAGCUAUAAAUUCAGCAGGAUUAUCUGCCAAGACGUCAUGCAAUGUGACGGUCAUGAUGAGCGCACCUGCUGUUUCUAGCGUCUACACACAGAGUCUCUUCACCUCAGGGUACACAAAGCAUGCCGUUUCGCUGAGUCCAUCACAACACAGCAUUGGUAUCCAUAUACAUGGCGGAUAUGACAACCUAUACUAUGAAUGGACAAUUGGCACUGUCCCCGCAACUGAUGACGUCUUCCCCAUCAUCAAGGUGGCAACACGAGCAGAUUCCAAAAUAUCCAUUAAUCAGGGGCAACUGAUGAUCGAUGGAAAGCUGACAAACAUCUCUCUAAGUGACUACAACACUAACGACACAGACACCAAUACCUCCAAAGCAGACGGGUCCUUCUUGAUGCUGGAGCCAGGCAGAUGCUACUAUCACAGUCUCAAUGCAGUGAGCCGUUCCCAUGUUGCAGUUGCCGUGUCUACUCAACCAGUCUGCGUAAAACGAAAGGAUGAUAUUCUCGUUGAGCUUGGGGAUCACAAUAGUACCAUAAAGUCAGUUGUAAUUAAUACAUCAUCCGGUGGCAGCAACGAAACUCUGCAACUGGCUGUUACUGGCUACAACGGAAGUCUCCUAAUUGGCACUUUAAACUCAACUGACUUAUCCAUGAUAUAUGGAAGUGCAGCAACUGCAGAAUAUGUUCCUUACAUUACUGACCCGUUGGAAACAAUGCAAGCUACUUCAAGGCUUCUCUAUGGACGGAUCAGAAAGCCGUCGGGACUGGCAUUCUAUAUCUCACCAGCCACUGAGGCAAUAGUGGACCCAAUGAUGGAUGUCACUGUUCAUGGUAUAGUCCCCAGAGAUGCAAACAAGACCAUCGCCCUGCUGUCUUGGAAUAAAGGUACACAGACGUGGGAGCUGUCCCAGGAACACUGCCCCAAAAGCUCUACAAUCAGCAGUACAACUGGAAAGCUGUGCCUCCAAGGCGAGAGACAAUCAAUAAACGCAAAAGAAUAUAUCACUAUUAAACAACCCAAGCUGCUGAGUGUGUUUGAAAUAGACAAAGCUGUUCAGAACUCACCACCAGUUGUCAUCACAAAAACAAUUACAUCCGACGAAGACCAGCUCCUGACAGAAUACAUUGAUGUAAUGGACAGAGAGGAUGAUCAGAUUUCCUUUACUCUCACGGCACAAGGACAGCAUGGGAAUGCUUUCCUUACAACUGAUGGUUAUCUUACGUAUACCCCUGAAGCUGACUAUUGUGGAGACGAUUCUGUUACGGUAGAAGCAAAAGAGCAAAACAUUCCUCUUGGAGCCAAGCCUUACAGUGUAACACAGGACAUCCAGAUUCAGAUCCUCUGCACGGAAGAUCCUCCUGAACUACGAUUCAUCAGUCCGAAUGAUGACGUUUAUGAUGCAGAUGUUGAUGCCACUGUGAAUGUUGAACUUUCAUCUUCGACAAGUUCCUCCACCAGGAAAUUCCUGGGGUUCUUCAUUCUAUCUGACCGAGACGUUGACACUCUUGACAUUGUGUUUGAUUCAGCAGCUGCAAAGGAGGUUAACAUCGAACUGAAGAACACGACCCAGACUGAUUCUGUGAAAGCUCUAAGCAGGCUCAGUCACCACAAAGAAAAAUCUAACCUGGUGUACGGGGUUUGGGUCACCGUGCCUGCAAAUUCACAGCAUAAUAAAACCAUCAAAUUCCGGGCCAAAGACGCUAAGAAGGUUCACAGUAAUCUAAUAUCCUUAGAACUAUCUGUCAAGAAGGGUUCGUGCCAAGGUCAAGCUUGUGAUGCAAUCAAAACACAGGGUCUGAAACGUGAUAACGCCAAAAUCUUCAACGACCACCAAGCAGGAAACAAGAUGCUCACACCACCUCCACAGUUGUUCAGGAACGAUUUUCUGGGAAAAGGAUCGUUACAAACUGGAGCUUCAGGCUUGCAGGGGAGGAGUGUAUCUCUCACCAGAGAUGGAAUCUUCUCGCUGACUUUGGAUUCUUCUAAGGCCACAGAUGACCAAAUGGUCUUGACAGCAUCAGGAAAAGUGAACAUCUCCACAUCUGACCAAGUUACUGUUGAACAGUUGAACACGAACGCAGACAGAAAAAAUAGAGGGAGGUUCGUAGAGCAGCUCGGCACACCGCUGACUGUCAGUGUCAAACCUGAAGACCUAAAUGGAACACAUGUAGAUAUGAGAGUUAAAUCGGCCCAUGACAACACGACCAGUGUCAAGCUGUUCUUCAAAGCCAGUGAUGGUGCGUGGCACCAACUGCCUGAUGUGUGUAACAGCACCAAGUCGACUGUUCUGACAGAGGACCAGUACCAAGUGUCUUUGUGUCCAGUUCUCUUUGGUCAUAUGAACCUCACCAAAGCCACCAGCGGAGACGUAUCUAUACACGUUGCAGUAUUUGCUGUCAGGAACACUCCUGUGAACACCCCACCCAUUCUGGAGGACACCGUCAUCUACGUUCGGGAGAGUCAUUCACUAAAUCACCAAAUCAAGGCAAAAGAUCCCGAGGGUGAUAAAUUCACGUUCCGUUUGACAACCCACCCAAAACAUGGCUACGCUGACAUAGACUCCACAGGUGGUCUAUUCUAUUCACCAGAGCCUCACUACAACGGCUUGGAUCACAUCGGGAUUGAGCUUGCGGAACUCCCCGGAGAAGGUUUCAAGCCAUCUGUCCAGACAUAUACCGUUACCAUCACUGUCACUGCAGUCAAUGACCCGCCCAUCAUAUACUACCUUCCCCCUGACAGUGGCAUGUUCCGAGUAGAGAACAACGACAUUGUCCAACUGGACAUUUCAAGACCGAUCCCCUACCAAACAACCGCUGUUGACCUUGGCAACGUCGUCGCAGCUGACUGGGACGAGGGGGAUGAGUUCACAUACCAGAUAACAAGCCUGAACAAGACGGAUCACUACUUUGUUGUACAACCAGCGUCUUUACCGGAUUCUGUCUGGACCAGCAAGCUCACUGACAUCAAACGGCUUCCACAAAAGAAGGUCUCCCACAUAACGCUGAAUCUACCGUCAGAGUUCAAGGGCACGUUGAUGUACACGGUGAUUGUUAAGGAUAAGGGCGGGGCACAGGUUAUACUGGAUUUGAACGCAAGGGUUUCUUAUAGAUCCUGUCAAGCUGGAAUUGUGUGUCUUGAUCAUGUUAGCGCAUGGCGCACUGCUUAAAAAAUGACACAAUCAGUUCACAGCCCGCUUAACCAUAUAGCUUAUAAAAUUCUUAUAAUGCACUGUGUUAUUACUGAAACUUGCAUAACGUGUUAUACAUAUUCACAGGUUUUUUUACAUAACCUGAUAUACUUACGUGUGAUGAAUGUUCAAGAAAGAAUUAUAAUUGCUUUGGAAUAUUGGAAAAUUAAACGAAUAAAAUCCUGCAUUGCAUCGA